UUUUUUGAUUCGCGAUUUGGAUGAGAGGAAUCCAAACGCGCUUUGCCUCUAAUUUGGAGCAUCGCACGUCGAGUGGAACAAUGAAGCGGCAAGUGCUAUUGUUCGUCUGGGCGUAUUUCGUCGGCUGGGUGCUCGGGCAGGUGACUUAUUCCAUUCCCGAGGAAAUGAGCAAAGGCUCUCUGGUUGGAAACGUAGCGCGGGAUUUAGGCGUGGAUGUGAAAAGGCUGAAAUCUGGGAAAGCUCGCAUCUACACGGAGGGCAAUGCAGACUUCACGGAGCUGCACACGGACAGCGGAGCGCUCGUGGUUCGAGAGCGGAUCGACAGGGAGGCGCUGUGCGGACAAACCACGCCGUGCGCGUUACAUCUGCAGAUCACGCUGGAAGAUCCGAUCGAAUUCCACACGGUGACCGUCGAAAUCCACGACAUGAACGACAAUGCGCCCACUUUUAAAAAGGGGGAGAUGACGUUCAAGAUAAGCGAGUCGGCUGUGAUUGGAGCAAAAUUCGUGCUGGAAAGAGCUGCGGAUUUCGACGUCGGGGUGAACGGAUUGCAGGGCUACUCGUUAAAGCCGACGGAUCAUUUUCACCUCAAAUUACAAAAUCAGCAGGAUGGCAGCAAGAGUGUGGAGAUGGUUCUGCGGAAAACGCUCGAUAGGGAGGCAAAAGACCAUCACGCUUUAAUUCUCACUGCGGCUGAUGGCGGUGAUCCACAGCUGACGGGAACAAUGCGUGUCGAAAUUGACGUGCUCGACGCAAACGACAACGCGCCUGUGUUCACGCAGGAGGUUUACAGCGUCACUGUGAUGGAGACUGCGCCAAAAGGCAUCUCCAUAAGCGCCGUGAGUGCCGUGGAUGCAGAUGAAGGCUCAAAUGGGAAAGUGACUUAUUCGAUAACGAACACAGUGGAUGACGUCCCUGUUCUUUUUCAAAUUGAUAGAGAAAAAGGCCUGGUGUCUUUAAUUGGAAGCCUCGAUUACGAGAAGGUGCAUCACUAUGAAAUAUUUGUACAAGCUAGUGACGAUGGAGGGCUGACAGAUUCAUGUCGGAUUAUUGUGGAAGUAACUGACACAAAUGAUAACGCCCCAGUUAUAAAUGUCAUGUCAAAAACCAGCUCGAUUUCAGAGAAUUCCACACCAGGGACUGUGGUCACAAUAUUGAAUGUGCAAGAUCCUGACUCUGCAGAAAAUGGCCAUGUUGCAUGUUUUAUCGACGAAAACUUGCCCUUUCUGAUGAAGAGUACAUCGAAAAAGUUUUUUAGUUUAGUGACAGACGGGGACUUGGACCGAGAGCGGUCGGCCGAGUACAACAUCAGCGUGACGUGCUGUGACGAGGGCGUGGCCUCCCUCUCCAGCAGCGUCACUCUCACCUUGCGCAUCUCGGACGUCAACGACAACGCGCCCGUCUUCGAGAGGAGCUCGUACGAGGCCUCCGUUGUGGAAAACAACACGCCGGGUCUCUCCGUCGUCACGCUGAGAGCCAGAGACGCGGACUGGGGCCGGAACGCUCGCGUUUCCUACAUCCUGGAGGACUCCUCCGUGAACGGAGUGCCGGCCUCCUCGUUCGUGUCCGUGAACGCCCAAAGCGGCGUCGUCAGCGCCGUGCGCUCCUUCGACUACGAGCGGAUGAAGCGGCUGGACUUUGCGGUGCGAGCGCAGGACGGAGGCUCCCCUCCUCUCUGCGGCAACGUGAGCGUGGGCAUCCUGAUCCGGGACCAGAACGACAACGCCCCUCAGGUCCUGUACCCGGUCCCGCCGCACGCCGAAACGGUGCCUCGUUCGGCAGACGCGGGCUAUCUGGUGACUAAAGUGGUGGCCGUGGACGUGGACUCCGGACAGAACGCCUGGCUCUCCUAUAAAGUGCAGCACAAAUUUGCCACAGACAGGGGGGCGCUGUUUGAAGUGGGCCUCCACAAUGGAGAAAUGCGAACUGUCCGCCGAGUGACCGAUAAAGACGCCGUCAAACAAAGACUGACCGUCGUCGUGGAGGACAACGGGCGGCCCUCUCGUUCGGCCACGGUGGCGGUGAACGUGGCGCUGGCGGACGGCUUCCCCGAAGUGCCGAGGUCGGAGUUCGCCGACGACUUGAGCGAGGACGACGACGACCGGCUGACUUUUUACUUGGUCUCGGCUCUGGCUGCGGUCUCCUUCCUCUUCGUCGCCUGUUCGCUGCUUAUCGUAUCGCUCAAGGUGUACAGGUGGAGACGGUCUCGCGUCUUGUACCGCUCCGACCUCCCCGUCAUUCCGUAUUAUCCGCCGCGCUACUGCGACACGUUGGGGACGGCGGGGACGCUCCCGCACGUCUACAGUUACGAGGCGUGCGCCGCCGCCAAGAGUCACGUGACGAACACGCAAGCCGUGAGUCAAAGUUUAGUGAGCGUGGACGGAGCGGACGCCGACGUGCCGCGCGGCGGCGAGCAGACGUCGGGGAACUGCUCUCGGAUGUCGACUCUGGUGAGUCAGAUGUUUCACCUUUUUUCCGCGUAUGUGUUACUCAUCCUUUCGACAGACUUCAGGGUCACGGCGUAUCGGUUGCAUGCCUCAUCACAGUACGUAUAUACGCUGCCGUGAGGAUGUCUCGACGUAAUGUGUCUGCGUCGAAGUUCGAAUCGGGUCCGGUUAUACGCUGGGGCAAGAGGGGGCACGGCACCCUCGAACGAACUCCGUGCCCCCUCAAAUCAAAUCACCGCAGGCUUCCUCAAGUCCGCUUUGUGCUGCCGGCUGUCUGUGACCUCCAGCUGUCUGGAGUGAGACGAUAAAUGGCAAACACUCGUUUAUUGUUUAACAAAAUAUAUCUUCUUCAUUCAAGUGCCUUCUCCACGUCUUAAGUUUGCAUGCAUUUGUAUCAUGUUAUUGUUUGACGAGUCUAAUUUACCAGUCUUCAAAUAUUGUCCCUGGUGCAUAUGCACCUCCCAUGGCCGUCCCUUUUCGAAGUCGUACAAGAUCCACGCUUUCUUGUAUGCUGCUUCACAGGAGGACAAAGCAAGCGUUGACUGCUUUUUGGACUUCCACCAAAUAACAGUUCAACUGAAACAGUCCCCUGUCGUACUUCGUCUGUCGCCUUGAUCUGCUGCCCAGUCCAGCAUCGCAAUAUGCUCCAAGCUCAAGAUGAUUCUCUCUUUUCUCGUAACACAAUAUUUGAUUCAUUUCGUCAUUCUCCAUUGUUGUUCUGUUGGUGCCUUGUCGGUAUUGUGACAGUUUCCUGACAAUCCAACUUAGGUCAGGUCUUGUACAUGUCACCGCAUAUAUCGAACUGCCUACCACGUCACGAUAUUUUCUCGGAUUCAUAGGUGCGCUGUCAUUGUCAAGGUUUUGCGUUUGCUCGCACGGUGUCGCCCUCGCCUCGCGAUCAGACACACCGAAUCGUUCCAGUGUUUUUGUGAUAUAUCUCGUUCGGUUCGUCGUGAACCCAUUGUUCUGUGAAAAGUCCAUCCAUCCGUCCAUUUUC